UGUUUUAUAUGAUACUUCUUAGUCAUAGGACUUAAAAUUGUAAUUAUAUUUAGAAUUCCUUUUCACUUGUGAUUUCCAUUCUUUUCUCUAAAUUUGCUUGAUCACUUUCUCAGCUUUUCCUCACAAAGCAACCAAAACAACAGCAUCAUGAGUACUCAACAUGGCUUUUGUUAAGUGGUAUCGACGAGGCCGUCAAUCCUUCAAAUGACGUACCAUGUGCUAUAUGUGCUAUUAUGUGCUAUUAUGGCGAUUGCCCCUGGCAGCGCUUUGAUAAAGAUGAGGUGAUAACUGGUCGAAGUUUAGGUCACACUUCUUCUGCUGACCAGCGGAUCCUUCAAGAAUCAACCCCCCACCCCACCCCGACAUUGUGUUCACUGCUUCACCGAGGCCUCGGUGAUCAAUAUAUAAGGUAUCCUGACACAACCAAGGGACACUCAAGACACUCACAGGGAAGGAGGAAGGAACACAGCACCACAGCAGAGGUCCAUCACAAUUACAUUUGCGUUUAGAUCUUCGGACGUUUAGGAGCUGCCAUGUGGAAGGAGUCUAGUAACGGUAAGAACUACUAGUGUUUCUGUCAUCAAGAUACUUUUUCUAGCUUGAAUUUAACUGCAAAAAUUGCCAAAGUAAUUAAAAUUGUCCUCCAAAAUUGUUCUGGUAUAGUUGGUAAUGUUAGAGUUAUUAUUAUUAUUAUUAUUAUUCCUGACAUACAACCUGUUGUUUUUAUCAGAUGAUGCCAGAUCUGCGGCUUCCAGCGGCGCCUCCUCUCGCAGCGCCAGCCGCAGGAAGAGGACAAGCUUCUCCAAGGAGCACGUGGAGCUCCUCAGAGCCACCUUUGAGACAGAUCCCUACCCUGGCAUCAGCCUCAGAGAAAGCCUGUCCCAGGCCACCGGCCUACCAGAGUCCCGCAUCCAGGUGUGGUUCCAGAACCGAAGAGCCCGUACCCUAAAGUGCAAGGGGGCUAAGAAGACGCUGUGGCUGACAGACAGUCCGGUUCAGGACGCUACCACUCCACAUCACAGUGUAGCCAGAGGGCCCCAGACUGGAACCUCGGUGCCCCCGGGCCCCCCGCCGUCCUACCCCGCUCAAGUGAAAGAGGAGAUAGAGGAAGCUUGUUUUUAUGGACAAUGUCCUCCUCCGAUGUACCCCGCCAAUGAGGAACAUGGACAAUACGGAUCCAUGUAUGGGUUGCAUCAGGGUACACCCAUUGGGAAACACUCCAGUCCGCCCCUGAGGGGCUACUGGUCCCAGCUCGGCACCCAAACGUCCCCUAUGACCCCGUUAUGGUGCCGUUCUCCCCUUAAGGGGCGGAACUACACCUCAAAUUCCAACCAAGCUGCAGCCUUCAUGUACCCAGGAGCCACGGAGCAACGCGUCUACAUGCCCUCCUCCAGCUCCCACUCUUCCACCCCAGACACCCCAGAUUCCGGUUACUGGGAUGCCGGCCUUGAAAACAGCCCCCCGAUGGAGGUUGGCUACUCCCAACUGGAGGAUUCAUGGAGUUUUCUGGAAGGUUGCAGGGAGUCCGGCUAUGCGUCCCUGCCACAACAUACUCCCUUGCCUGAGCUGUCCCUGCAGGAGAUCCUGGGUGAGCUGGAGGAGGACUGGCUGGGGGGAGAAGGACUAGACGGCCAUGUUCAGGAGAAAAUGACUUUGUAAGUCGCUAUGGAGGACAAUCCCAAAUGGAAUGUAAAAUUGUGAUUUAUGAAUUGCUUCAGAGAUGAAAAAAUGCUGAAGUAUUAGAAGUGUGAUGAAGAUACAAAUUCCAACCUCAGACAUUUUCAUUCUAUAUCA